CCACCUUCCCCCCAACCUCGCGAAACCCUAGCCAUGGCGUGGCGCGGCGCCGCCUCCCGCACCGUCCUCGCGGCCGUCCGUCGCCCGGCGCCCUCCGCCGCCGCGCGCGCCGCACUCCGCGCCCCUCCUCCCGCCGCCGGCCCGCGCCGCGUCCCGUCCGCCUUCGCGUCCCCCUCCUCGUCGCCGGUCGCGGCCGCACGGCCACUGGCGGCGAUGAUGGGGUCGCCGCUGACGACGGCGGCGUUGCUGGCGCGGCUGACGGCGCACCCGGCGGCCAGCGUGCGGGCGUGCUGCGAGCUCUCCCAGGGUACUUGAAGUUACCAUGUAGAUUCACUGUCCUUUGAAAAGGAUACAACUCUUCUUGGAUGUGUCUUUUGGAAGGCUGUUCUGGUGUUUCUAUCAACUGCAAAGUUAGAAGAAACUCUCCAGCAAAAGCUUGUCUCAAAGUUUCUAGCUUAGACAGAGAAAUAAUUUCCUGUUAUUAUGACAUGGCCUGCAUGGCUGGGCCUAUGAAUUUAGCCCCUUUUUUCGUUGUUGCCCACUUACAACUGCAUGUUGAGAUGCUUUGGUCUCCCAUUUCAAUUGACCUGAGUAUUGUGAUA